AUGACAUUGCCAAAUCUUUUUCUUUUGAUCAAUUUGGGAUGCGAAAUGCUUUACAUCAUUGAUCAAAGAUUGACAGCUCAAAAUAUUGCUAAAGACAAGUCAGCGCUUGUUCUUCGAGAAGUGACGAUGGCUCUUCUAUCUCCACAAUUCUUUCAAUACAUAAUGACAACUUUCACCGAAGAAUUGAUUUCAAUUUCUCAAGUGCGGAUUCUUUUGGCCGACAUUGCUUGUUGUUCGCUCAUGCGACUUGACAUGCAAUCACUCGAUAAGCUUCUUGAUCUUAUGAUAAUGGUGUUCAAGUGGCAGAUGUUUCUGUUGUCAAAUCCCGAUGAACUUCUAAACGUCACAUUCCGACACUUAAAUGGAAUUGGAAAAUUGAUUCCAGAACAAGGAAAAAUGAUUUCAAUCGAUCAAGCCAAUCAAUUUUUCUUUACUCAUUGGAAUGAGUUGGGCGAAGAACAACGUUGUGGAACUGUGAAGAAACUUCAAAAGUUCUUGUCACCAUUCAAUGUCAGAAUUUCACUUCUGAUGAGAAUGAGACUUCAACUUCGUGACGGAAGUUUCGUUGAUAAAAUUACUGGAUCUUCGAAUGAUUUCUUCCGUUAUUAUGUGAACAACCUGGGCGAGAAUAUUUAUGAAAAAAUUAAUCAUUUUCCACAAUGUCAAAUCGUUGAAGCAAAAUCGAGUAAGGAGAACAUGAAAGGUGAAAUUGAUUGUUUGUUUAGACAAUUUAACGUGAUGAUAACAGAAGAUCAAGAUGAAAAAGAGACUGCAAAAGCUUCAAAUGAGAUUCAAAAUGAAGUAAAAAUUCAAAACACAACUUUGGACGAAUUAAGGAAAAAAUGUAAAUUUGAUGACAUUGAAGAAGCACCACCGGUUUAUGAAGAUAAUUUUGAAGAGUUGCUAAGCAUGAUAGAUGGAAAUUCAAAAUGA